UGUCCUGCCUGGUUUCCUGGGUUGGACAGAAUAGUUGGGCAACAGUUGGAAGAGAGAACGUCAGUCAUGGCAGCAGCAGCUUUGGAACGUUUCUGUGGCUCUGUUUUCUGGAAUUCCUCUUUCCUGGACCACAAUGACGCUGAUCUGCCCCUUUGCUUUGAGCAGACAGUUCUUGUCUGGAUCCCUCUGGGCUUCCUUUGGCUCUUUGGCCCGUGGAAACUUCUUCCCAUGUGCAAAUCUCAGCUGAAGAAAUCAUCUGUCACAAGGCUGUAUCUCAUAAAGCAGGUGCUGACUCUGCUGCUCUUACUUACUGCAUUAACUGAAGUGGUUUUCAUCAUUGUUGAAGACUCAGGGAAGCUGCAGUACUCGACCUUUAGUAAUGGAAGACCUGCUGUCCAGUACACAAAUCCUGUACUCUAUUCCAUCACUUGGAUCCUUCUUUUGCUGAUCCAUGAUAGCCGUCGCUUCACUGUGUGCAGAGAUUCAGGGAUUCUUUUCCUUUUCCUCAUCUUUUCUUUGAUCUGUGGUGUGUUUCAGCUCCAGACUCUUGUCCGACAAGCAGUGCAGGGCUCCAUUACAGAUGUUCCACAUUUCAGCUUCCUCCUUGUGUCCUAUGGGCUUCAACUCCUCUUACUGUCUAUUUCGGUUAUUUCUGACAUUGCCCCUGAAAUGAAGGAAGCUGCAAAGAAAAACCCAGAGAUCACAGCCUCCUUCCUGAGUUCCAUCACUUUCCAUUGGUAUAACAGAAUGGUGGUAAAAGGAUAUCAGAAACCAUUAGAGAUUGAUGACCUCUGGGACAUGAGGGAUUCAGAUAAGACACAGCAGGUUUUUAGCACAUUUGAGAAAAAUAUGAAGGCUGGAGUCAGAAAGGCUCAGCGAGAACUGGAGAUCUGGCAUCGGAAGAGGAAACUGCAUUUAGCAGCCACUGACCUCACAAAUGGCUUGAGCAAGGCCCAGAUUCAAGAUGCGUUAGUUCUGGAAGAGAAGGAGAAAAAGCACAAGAAAAUGGUGAUCACCGGAGAAUCCAAAGACAACUCUGUUAAGCACUGGUUAAUUGUUGCUAUGAUUCAAACCUAUGCUGGAAACCUUCUGAAAUCUGUGGCACUGAAGGUGGUACAUGAUCUUCUGGAGUUUGUGAAUCCACAACUGGUGAAGCUGAUGAUCAACUUUGUAUCUGAUCCAAAGGCCUACCUUUGGCAGGGCUAUGUGUUUGCAGUGCUGCUUUUUGUGACUGCAUUGGUGAAGUCUUUCUGCCUGCAGCAGUAUUUCCAGCUGUGUUUUGAACUUGGAAUGAAUUUACGCACUUCCCUUAUGGCUGCCAUCUACAAAAAGGCACUUAUGGUCUCCAAUGUUACACGGAAGGAAUCAACAGUGGGCGAGACAGUGAAUCUGAUGUCAGUAGAUGCCCAGCGCUUCAUGGAUUUCACAGUCUAUAUGCAUCAACUGUGGUCAUCUCCGCUGCAGAUUAUUCUAUCUCUUGUCUUUCUAUGGGCUGAGCUGGGACCCUCUGUGCUUGCUGGGAUUGGUGUGAUGGUGCUACUUAUCCCCAUAAAUGGUGUGCUGGUUGCUAAGUCCAGGGUUAUUCAGGUGAAAAACAUGAAGAACAAGGAUGAACGCAUGAAAAUAAUGAAUGAAAUUCUUAAUGGCAUCAAGAUCCUGAAGCUCUUUGCUUGGGAGCCCUCAUUUCAGAAGCAAGUUCAAAAGAUCCGGGCCUGGGAACUGAAGGGGCUGCUGCAUUUUUUCCAUCUACAAUCAGUUGCCAUUUUCAUCUUCGCCUGUGCACCUUUUCUAGUCUCUGUAGCUACCUUUGCCGUAUAUGUGAUGGUGGAUGAGAACAACAUCUUGGAUGCACAGAAGGCCUUUACUUCUAUAGCACUCUUCAAUAUCCUGCGCUUCCCACUUAGCAUGUUUCCACUGACACUGUCCUCCUUGGUGCAGAUGAAAGUAUCUGCUGAGCGGCUAGAACGGUACCUGAGUAGUGAAGACCUGAACACUUCAGCUAUAUGGCAUAACCCCAUCCCUGGUUGUGCUGUGAAAUUCCAUGAGGCCUCUUUUGCCUGGGAACAGGAUUUUGAUGCCACUGUGAAAGACAUCAACUUGGAAAUUCCACAUGGAAACCUCGUAGCUGUAGUGGGGUCUGUGGGAUCAGGAAAAUCCUCACUGAUAUCUGCCAUGUUGGGUGAGAUGGAGAACAUCAAGGGACACAUCAAUAUUCAGGGCUCUAUGGCCUAUGUGCCUCAGCAAGCAUGGAUACAAAAUGCCACUUUGAAAGACAACAUCCUUUUUGGGUCACCCCUUGAUGAAGCUCGAUAUCAACAAGUCCUAGAGGCCUGUGCUUUGCUUCCAGACCUACAACUGCUUCCAGGAGGAGACCUAACUGAGAUUGGAGAGAAGGGAAUUAACCUGAGUGGAGGUCAGAAACAACGCAUUAGCCUGGCUAGAGCUGUAUACAGCAAUGCUGAUAUCUACUUAUUAGAUGAUCCCCUCUCAGCUGUGGAUUCCCAUGUAGGACGGCAUAUUUUUGAAAAAGUGCUUGGGCCAGAAGGACUGCUACAGAAUAAGACACGGAUCCUAGUGACUCAUAGCUUAAGCUUCCUUGCACAAGUUGAUGAUAUUGUAGUAGUAGAGGCUGGAACUGUCAUGGAACGUGGUUCCUACAGCACCUUACUGGCGAAUAGUGGGUCAUUUGCUCAGUUGCUCAACACGUAUGGGAACCAGCAGGAUAAUAUACAUGAAGAAGAAGCUACAGUGAGUAUAGGUGAGGAGCUGGAACUGGAUGAAUAUCCUGAACUUGUAACUGAAGAGGUUCCAGCUGACGUUGUGACUAUGGCACAGAAGAAUGAGGCCAGUGUCCACCAAAAAAUCUUCAACCACAGCUGCAGUACCAGCAGUAACAUAUCUGUCAAGAAGGCUCAUCAAGGGCAUUUGAAUGAGAAGAAACCAAUGCCAGAGUUUAAAGGACAGAGACUGAUUGAUAAGGAAGCCAUGGAAACUGGCAAGGUGAAACUAGUCAUGUAUCUGCGAUACUUUCAUGCUGUUGGUUGGGGCCUCUCAUUAAGCAUCCUCAUCAGCCAUAUUGGACAAGCUGCAUCUUUACUUGGUUCCAACCUUUGGCUUAGUGACUGGACAAAUGAUGCUUCACUCUAUCAGAAUAAGACUUAUCCAGCUGCCCAACGUGAUUUGCGUGUUGGAAUCUAUGGAACACUGGGUGCAAGCCACAGUCUCUUCCUGCUGAGUUCAACUGUUCUUGUUUCUUUCGGUGCUAUCCGAGCUUCCCGGGUCCUGCAUGAACAGCUCCUCAGUAACAUCCUGCGGGUGCCUAUGAGUUUCUUUGACUCAACGCCAACCGGCCGCAUAUUGAACAGAUUUGCCAAGGAUAUUUUCACCGUGGAUGAGACUAUCCCAAUGUCAUUUCGCUCCUGGAUAAGCUGCUUCUUUAUGAUUCUCAGUACUCUGGUGAUAAUUUGCUUAGCUACUCCUUAUUUUGCAAUUAUCAUCCUGCCUCUGGGGAUCCUCUACUACUUCAUUCUACAAUUCUAUGUAGCCACAUCCCGCCAGCUACGACGUUUGGACGCUGUCACCCGGUCUCCCAUCUAUUCCCAUUUUGGUGAGACAGUAUCAGGUCUCUCUGUCAUCCGGGCCUUUGGGCACCAGGAGCGCUUCCUGCAACACAAUGAGAAGAUUGUGGAUAUCAAUCAGAAGUCUGUAUACUCUUGGAUUGUUUCCAACAGGUGGCUUGCUGUGCGACUAGAAUUGGUAGGGAAUUUGAUAGUUUUCUUUGCAGCAAUUCUGGCCGUCUUUGCUAAAGAUUCUUUGGACAAUGGCAUUGUGGGACUCUCAAUCUCCUCAGCUCUGAAUGUAACUCAAACUCUGAACUGGUUGGUGCGGAUGACUUCAGAGCUGGAGACAAACAUUGUGGCUGUAGAGAGAGUGCACGAAUACAUAGAGGUGGCAAAUGAGGCACCAUGGGUGACAACACAGAGACCACCCUCUCAAUGGCCCAACAAUGGAGAGAUCACUUUUAUGGACUACAAGGUUCGGUAUCGGCCUGAGCUAGGGCUAGUUCUAGAUGGGAUCAGGUGUGAUAUCAAGGGCACUGAGAAGGUUGGUGUGGUGGGCCGAACAGGAGCUGGAAAAUCGUCUCUCACAAAUUGCCUCUUUCGCAUCCUGGAAGCAGCCGGAGGAAAGAUCUUAAUUGAUGGGCUUGAUAUAGCAACGCUUGGCCUUCAUGACCUGCGUCAGAAACUCACUAUCAUCCCACAGGAUCCUGUUCUCUUUUCGGGGAGCUUGCGUAUGAAUCUGGAUCCAUUUGAUCAGUAUUCAGAUGAAGACAUCUGGCAUGUUCUAGAAUUGGCACACCUGAAGACUUACGUGCAUGCUCUGCCUGAAGGGUUGUCUUCUCCAGUGAGUGAAGCAGGAGAGAACUUGAGUGUGGGGCAGAGGCAGCUUGUAUGUCUGGCACGGGCCCUGCUUCGUAAAACCAAAAUCUUGAUUCUGGAUGAAGCAACAGCUGCUGUGGAUAUGGAAACGGAUCACCUAAUCCAAGAGACAAUCCGGAGUGAGUUUGCCAACUGCACCGUACUCACCAUUGCCCAUCGGUUACACACCAUCAUGGACAGCCAUAGAGUGAUGGUACUUCAGGCAGGAAAGAUUGUGGAAUUUGACAGCCCUGAACAGCUACUUCAACAGCAAGGCAUCUUUGCAAGGAUGGCCAGGGAAGCUGGCAUAACAAGAAUUCAGAACACUGCACUUUAGAGUUGGAAGCUCAAGACAGAAAGAUCACAGGCAACUUCCAUGGCAUUGCAAUUUUCCUUGAUCUGCCACUUGCACUGUAUGAAAAACGUUACCAGUGUGCUAGUGCCAUUUACACUUGGGACACAAUAGUUUUACUGAGCAUUUCCUGGUAAUUAAUGGCAGCUUAGUUCCUUUUUGGUCAUUAAGCCAAAAUACCAGCUAUAACACAAGCUUGGUUAUGUUAAGUUGGUGCAGUUUUACUGAUACCCCUCAAGCCUGUUCCUUGGUUUCAAGAUCCAGCUCAAAAGACUCUCUUGGAUCAUUUUCACAUAAUUCCCUACACUCUGAAGAGGUUGAAGGGAUCAUGACUGUUUUUUGUUUUUGGUAUUUAGUCUAUAACGUACACAGCCCUCUAAUUAAUGAUAAUUUUACACUACUAGAUCAGCAUGUGUUUACCUGGAAAGAACCUGAGUUUAGGCAUCAUGCUAAAAUGUUACCACAGGUCACUGUUAAAAUAAGUAAUAAAUGUGGGAAACCAUUCUAAGCAA